AGGUACUGCAUAUGCUAAACGGGAGGUCGAAUUCCUGCUUCUCAUUGAUACUUCGGAGCGUCGGCCAGCCGACACUAAGCCACGAUACGCCGGAGCGGGCAGCGCAACCAGCCAACCACCGACUGGCUGGACGCCGAAGCUUGUGACGGCCUUCGAUAAAUUCGUCAAAGAGCCUCGGUCGUAUUUGACCCUUCAUUUUCAGUUGACAAAAACGUUCUUCUUUACUGUAUAUAUCAUCUAUAACGUUGUCGAAAACCGUUGUAAGCAUGUCGAACCAGCAGGGAGCAAAGAUCACCGUUCAUUGGCUGAACAAAUCCCGUGGCCAACGCGUUGUAUGGCUGCUCGAAGAGCUUGGUCUGGAGUACGACAUCGCCGUCUACAAGCGCGAUGAGAACAAGCGCGCGGGCCCCGACCUGAAGGCCGUCCACCCUCUGGGCAAAUCGCCCGCCAUUACCAUCAGGCCAGCAAACUCCGACAAGGAUAUCGUCAUUGUUGAAAGCGCGACGAUCAUGGAGUACAUUUGUGACCACUUUGGGAAGCAGUUGAUGCCAGCGCGUUACCCUGAGGGACAGGAGGGUGUAUUAGGUGCCGAGACCGAGGAGUGGAUGAGAUACAAGUUCCUGAUGGACUACACUGAGGGUAGUCUCUUUACCAUCCUGAUAUUGGCACUAGUCACCGGAAGCAUCAAAAACGCCCCUGUGCCCUUCUUCCUCAAGCCCAUUACCAACGGUGUCGCCUCCAAGGUCGACUCUGGCUUCGUCGACCCAGAGCUGAAGACGCAUUUUGACUUCCUUGAGGACUACCUCAUCAAGUCACCUAGCAAGGGCGAGUUCUUUUGCAGCGACAAGCUCACCGCUGCGGAUAUCAUGAUUCAUUUCGGGCUUGAGGGUGCGACGCAGAGAAUGCCGUUGAGUGAGACGAGUUACCCCAAGUUGUAUGAGUACAUGAGGAGGUUACAGAAGAGGGAUGCAUACAAGAGUGCUGCGAAGAGGGUCGAAGAGGCUAGUGGAGAGAAGUUCGUUCCAUUCAGUGACGCAAAGUUGUAGAUGAGCAAUUAACCUGAAGACAUGUAUACCCAAGACAAGUACUCCCGUUUCCGAUCAAUAUCCUUUUCAUCCGUCGAUUCAUCCUCGAUCUUGUCUUCACUCUUCGACUCCGACGCAGUAGCCCUUCCCGCCUACUCCACAAAGUGCUUGUUCGCCUUUUCCUACGGAACAGUUUCAUCAAGCGCGUACUCAACAAGAUCCGCUUCCUCAAACGGAACACAAUUUUGCUGCUAAACUGUCGUCUCAACUUCGGCGUCCCUGUUAAUGUAAUUUAGAACAAAAAAUAACUCC